CGGUGAAAGAAAAAAGUGAGGGACUCUGCACUGAACACAGAGGUGUUGAGCCUCUCACUUUUUUCUUGCACCGCUUCACCACCCUUUCCACCGCCAAUUCAACCACCGAUUUGAAGCUAUUUCCAACAUGACUCGCCCGUCUACUGCUUCACAAAGCCAUUCAACGAAGCCACACGAUGAGCCUACGAUAACAGAGCUUUUAACUCUUAAAAAGUUCCGGGAUGCGAAGAACCUUCCAAUUUCCAAUAACGAGCUUUUCAAACACGUUGGCGUAAGCCGUUCCACGGGCUACCGAAUAUUAAGGGACUACCCGCAACGUUUUCACCGCGAACCCUGCGAAGAAACUCGAGGCCGUCGGCCGGCGUUAACUGACGCCCAGGUCGACCAGUUAGUUGCAUUCUUGGAGGCUGAAGACUACGACGGGCGAACGUUGCCUUGGGUCGAGCUUUGCGAUGCGGCGGGUCUCGAAUUUCCAACACAAUCCAAACGGCCAACGAGUCAAACGGUCUCAAAACACCUAAAUAAACGAGGCUGGAAGAAGUGCGUUGCAUGUAGCAGAUUCUGGGUCGAUUAUGAUAUGGCUUCUCCUCGUGAAGCCCCCGCAGAUCAAGGGCUAGACAUCGCGGCGGGGGGCCGUGUUCUCUAUUCCAAUGAAGUCCAUUUCAAAUCCAAGCCCGAAGUCAAGGCCUCUAUAACCCAGCAACCCGAUGAACGGUCUUGCACCCAUUGUGUUCAGCAUCAUCAAAGAUCCACGGAAAGCAGAGAUCGCCAGGCAUACCUAGUCAACUCGACAGGGAGUAGCGUUAACUAGGUAUGACUCGCGAUAUCAUUGCCCUUUUAUCUCCUGCCUAGUGCCAUGCCAAACUCCUGCGCGAAGAUUUUAUGUCGAUGCGCUGAGCCUGCUAUAGUUUAGCGGUAAAGCUUAAAUCGCAAUCAGUGUGCCGGGGUGGCAUGAUCGAGUACAUGGCAAGGAAGCAGAUAGGCACUGAUUCCCCGCCUAUGUGGUUAUGAUAUGACUGCUGAGUGAGUGAAUAGUACCUU